GCUUUUCUCCUGGAGAGGAAAUGUAAGGCUCAGAGAGUGAAGUGACCUGCUGGACGUCACAUAGCAGAGGCGAUGGCGGAACGUGGACUACUGCCUAAGCCUUCUAAACUCCCGGCUUGGACUUUCCUCCUGUCCUGGGGGGAUGACUGAGUGAGCCCUAGCCCAGGGACGCUACCAAUUCCCGGUUAGAAGCGGAGGAGAACCCUGCAGCCGCCAGGCGAGGAGAAAGGGCGCGGGAUCCAGACCCCGCCCUUCCCUCGGCAACGCGGCCCGUCUUCCCGCCUCCUGCGGAGUGAUUGGCCGGUUUCUGCAGUGAGUGUAGCGAUUGGCCUCCUAACGGCCGUUGAGAUUUGAACUCCACGUUUGUGGCUUUGCCCGCACGGCGCCUGGCUCUGAGGCGGCUCUUUGCCUCCUGCUGCCGGAGAUUGGCCGGUUUCUCUGCCCGCUCGAGAGCUGCGGUACUGAUUGGUGCGUAUUGUGCACUCCGUCUUUUUCCCUUCAUUUCGCCUCGAGACCUGAGUCGGAGGAGCGACGGCUGAGUUCUGAGCCCUGUGAGCCAGUGGGAGAAAGAUGUCUCCCCAACUGUAUGAGUUCCGUCUGCCUUUAUCCCCCGAGGAGUUGUUGAAAAGUGGAGGGGUGAAUCAGUAUGUUGUGCAAGAGAUAUUGUCCAUCAGAAAUCUUUCAUCACAGCUUAGAGCAUUUCAGGCUGCCUUCCGUGCUCAGGGGCCGCUGGCUAUGCUGGAGCACUUUGAUACCGUCUACAGCAUUCUACAUCACUUUCGAAGUAUAGAUCCUGGCCUCAAGGAAGACACUCUGGAAUUCCUGAUAAAAGUGGUGUCCCGUCAUUCCCAGGAACUUCCCACUGUCCUGGAUGAUGAAGCUUUGAGUGUGUCAGACAGGAGUGCCCAUCUAAAUGCUCUCAAAAUGAACUGUUAUGCUCUGAUACGCCUCUUGGAAUCCUUUGAGACCAUGAGCAGCCAGACAAGCCUUAUGGACUUGGACCUUGGGAAGGGGAAGAAAGCCCGGGCCAAGAACACCCAUGGCUUUGACUGGGAAGAAGAGAGGCAGCCAGUUCUUCAGCUUCUAACACAGCUGCUCCAGCUGGACAUUCGUCACCUAUGGAACCAUUCAGUAAUUGAAGAGGAGUUUGUCAGUUUGGUUACUGGCUUCUGCUACCGCCUCCUGGAGAACCCCACCAUUAGUCACCAGAAGAACCGCCCCACCCGGGAAGCCAUCACGCGCCUGCUUGGUGUCGCCUUGACACGUUAUAACCAUAUGCUCAGUGCCACGGUGAAGAUCAUCCAGAUGCUGCAGCACUUUGAACACCUGGCCCCCGUACUGGUGGCAGCUGUGAGCCUGUGGGCAACUGAUUAUGGAAUGAAGAGCAUAGUGGGGGAGAUUGUAAGAGAGAUCGGGCAGAAGUGUCCCCAGGAGCUGAGUCGGGACCCUGCAGGGGCAAAGGGCUUUGCCGCCUUCCUGACAGAACUAGCAGAACGCAUCCCAGCCAUCCUGAUGUCCAGCAUGUGUGUUUUGCUGGAUCAUCUGGAUGGAGAGAAUUACAUGAUGCGCAAUGCUGUGCUGGCAGCCAUGGCAGAGAUGGUCCUGCAGAUUCUGAAUGGUGAUCAGCUGGAAGAAGCAGCCCGAGACACCAGAGACCAGUUCUUGGACACCUUGCAAGCCCACGGCCAUGACGUCAACUCCUUUGUGCGGAGCCGUGUCUUACAGCUCUUUACCCGAAUCGUCCAGCAGAAGGCUCUCCCCUUGACACGUUUCCAAGCAGUGGUGGCCCUAGCAGUGGGACGUCUGGCAGACAAGUCGGUGUUAGUAUGUAAAAAUGCCAUUCAGCUGCUGGCCAGUUUUCUUGCCAAUAAUCCCUUUUCUUGCAAGCUUAGUGACACUGACCUUGCUGGACCACUGCAGAAGGAAACCCAGAAAUUACAAGAGAUGAGGGCCCAGAGACAAGCUGCAGCUGCUUCUGCAGUGGUGGAUCCAGAGGAGGAGUGGGAAGCCAUGCUGCCAGAGUUGAAGGCUACUCUGCAGCAACUGCUAAAGCUUCCCCAGGAAGAAGAGAUUCUUGAGGCUAUUGCUAAAACAGAAACCAGUGAAGAUGUGAAAACACGCAUCCACCAGUUGCUUGCCAAGGCUAGUUACAAGCAGGCCAUUCUUCUCACUCGAGAAGCCGUGGGCCACUUCCAGGAGUCUGAACCUUUCAGUCACAUGGACCCAGAGGACUCAGAGGAGGCCAGGUUCCUGAAUCUCCUGGAGACUAUUUUCAAAGGCCCAGCAGCUUCCACACAGGAGAAUUCCCAGGGCCCCGCAGGGAACACGGGCCCAGAACGGACAGUCUGUGAAGACAAGCCCAGUGCGUCAGAGCCUGGGAAAGCCAGGGAAAACGAUGAGCUGGUGAAGCAGGAGAUGCUGGUGCAGUAUCUGCAGGACGCCUAUAGCUUCUCUCUGAAGAUUACCGAGGCCAUCAGCAUCAUCAGCAAGAUGAUGUAUGAGAACACGACAACGGUGGUGCAGGAGGUGAUUGAAUUCUUUGUGAUGGUGUUCCAAUUUGGGGUACCUCAGGCCCUGCUCGGGGUGCGCCGCAUGCUGCCUCUCGUCUGGUCUAAGGAGCCUGGCGUCCGGGAAGCUGUGCUUAAUGCCUACCGCCAGCUCUACCUCAGCCCCAAGGGGGACUCUGCCAGAGCCAAGGCCCAGGCUUUGAUUCAGAAUCUCUCUUUGCUACUAGUGAAUGCCUCAGUUGGGACCAUCCAGUGUCUUGAGGAAAUUCUCUGUGAAUUUGUGCAGAAGGAUGAACUGAAGCCAGCAGUGACCCAGGUGCUAUGGGAGCAGGCAACCGAGAAGGCCCCCUGCUCUCCUCUGGAGCGCUGCUGCUCUGUCAUGCUUCUUGGGAUGAUGGCACGAGGAAAACCAGAAAUUGUGGGAAGCAACUUAGACACACUGGUGAGCAUAGGGCUAGACGAGAAGGUUCCACAGGACUACAGACUGGCCCAGCAGGUGUGCCAUGCCAUUGCCAACCUCUCUGACAGGAGAAAGCCUUCUCUGAGCAAACGUCACCCCCGCUUCCGGCUGCCUCAGGAACACAGGCUCUUCGAGCGACUGCGGGAGGUGAUCACAAAGGGCUUUGUCCACCCAGACCCACUCUGGAUCCCAUUCAAGGAGGAAGCAGUGACCCUCAUUUACCAGCUGGCAGAGGGCCCCGAGGUGAUCUGCGCCCAGAUAUUGCAGGGCUGUGCGAAACAGACCCUGGAAAAGCUGCAAGAGAAGAGCGGCGCCCAGGAGGGCCCCAAGAACACCCCCAUGCUCCCCACUUUGCUGCUGAUGAACCUGCUCUCCUUGGCGGGCGACGUGGCCCUGCAGCAGCUGGUGCAUUUGGAGCAGGCAGUGAGCGGAGAGCUCUGUCGGCGCCGGCUUCUCCGAGAGGAGCAGGAGCAGAAGACGAAGGAUCCCAAGGAGAAGCACGCCAGCUCUGAGACCACCCUGGAGGAGGAGAUGGGACUGGCGGGCGCUGCCGCUGACGACACGGAGGCAGAGCUCAUCCGCGGCAUCUGCGAGAAGGAGCUGCUAGAUGGCACACAGGUCCUGGCUGCCUUCAUUCCACUUCUGCUCAAAGUCUGCAACAACCCUGGCAUCUAUAGCAGCCCAGAGCUCUCCGCUGCGGCUUCACUUGCCCUGGGCAAGUUCUGCAUGAUCAGUGCCACUUUCUGUGACUCCCAGCUUCGUCUGCUGUUCACCAUGCUAGAAAAGUCCCCACUCCCCAUUGUCCGCUCUAACCUCAUGAUUGCUACUGGGGAUCUGGCCAUCCGCUUCCCCAAUCUGGUGGACCCCUGGACACCUCAUCUGUAUGCUCGGCUCCGGGACCCAGCUCAGCAGGUGCGGAGAACAGCAGGGCUGGUGAUGACCCACCUGAUUCUAAAGGACAUGGUGAAGGUGAAGGGGCAGGUGAGCGAGAUGGCCGUGCUGCUCAUCGACCCUGCACCUCAGAUCGCUGCCCUGGCCAAGAACUUCUUCAAUGAGCUUUCUCACAAGGGCAAUGCGAUCUAUAACCUCCUUCCAGAUAUCAUCAGCCGCCUGUCAGACCCUGAGGGAGGGGUGGAGGAAGAGCCUUUCCACACCAUCAUAAAGCAGCUGCUCUCCUACAUCACCAAGGACAAGCAGACUGAGAGCCUGGUGGAGAAGCUGUGUCAGCGCUUCCGCACGGCCCGGACCGAGCGGCAGUACCGGGACCUGGCCUACUGUGUGUCACAGCUGCCCCUCACAGAGCGAGGCCUCCGCAAGAUGCUGGACAACUUUGACUGCUUUGGGGAUAAACUGUCGGAUGAGUCCAUCUUCAGUGCUUUCUUGUCGGUUGUGGGAAAGCUGCGGCGUGGGGCCAAACCCGAGGGCAAGGCUAUAAUAGAUGAAUUUGAACAGAAGCUUCGGGUCUGCCACACCAGAGGGUUGGAUGCAGUGGAAGACCUUGAGCUUGGCCAGGAGGGUAGCCAGAGGGCCCCAUCAGCCAAGAAACCAUCCACUGUCUCGAAGCGGCACCAGCAUCUGGCUUCUGCAGCCUCAUCAGACGGUGACUUUGUCACCCCCGAGCCCCGCCGUACCAUCCAACGGCGUCCAGACACCCAACAGCGAAUUUCAAAAAAGAAACCCAGAAUCGUCUUCUCGAGUGAUGAGUCCAGCGAGGAAGAGCUUUCCGCAGAGAUGACAGAAGAUGAGACACCCAAGAAGACCACACCCAUCCGCCGAGCACCUCCUCGAAGGCACAGGACCUAAGAGGUCAUCUUGCCUAUUCCCAUCCCUGCUGGGAAGGGUGUCUUGCUGGGUGACCUAGAAGUCCGUUGCUCUUGUAAAAUACUUGUUUGCCUGUCUUCUUGUCUUUUUUUAACAUUUAAUGGUCUUCAUAAUGUAAAGCAUUUUUCUUAAACUAGCCCAACUGAACUGAAUUGAGCUUUCACCGGAUUGUAUGUCUCCCAGUCUCCUCGUUUCCUAGUGAAUAAAUAUUUUUAUAUACUUUUAGAUGUUC